CAAGAAGGUCGUGUGCGCGCUCGCCUCCUAAAAAACAUAUAAAAUAUAUAUUUAAAAAGCAAAAAGCUUAGCAAAAGCUCGUUUCGUAUCGUUUGCUCGUUCGGUUCGACGAUUCGCAAGACGCGCGCAAAACCCAAACACAAUAAAAGUCAACAACAAGCUGUUUACACACGAUUUGGAUUAAUUCAGCAAUUUAAAACUGAAACAAAACAAAAUAGAAAGAGAAAGAAACUAACGUUGGGCAAUUAAGGAAGUAAUUUGUGGCCGAAGCUGUUGUUGCUGUUAGUAGUUGUUGUUGUUGUCGUCUCUCUCUCUCGCUCUCUUGUUGCAAGAUCAUCAGCCACUGCCAGCAGCCGUCAUGAAUGCAACCACAUGAAACGUCGGCUGUUGAAGCGUCAACAGCAAUUGCCAUAAUUGCCAUUGGAGCAGCAAAACGUACACACUCUCGCACACACACAUAUUGCCGGCGGAGCUGCAGGCAAGCAGGAGUCCAAUAACCGCACCAACUGCUGAAACCCGCCACACGAGAUAUUCGCGGCAGGCACAAAAUCGAAAACCAAUUGCCAGCGGUAGCGGCAGCAGCUCCUUCAACUGAAUUGUAACACAGCGUCAAAAGCGUGGAGCAUCGGGCGCCGGAAAAUCCCCAAAGCCAAAAAAAUAAAGCACCAACGACAACAACAGCAACAGGCAAAGAAACCAGUGGAGCGGGGAUCAAUGAACGCGGCACGCAGCAGCUGCGAGCAACAACAACAACAGCAACAGCAGAAGAAGAAAAGCGAAACGGGCCAGCAAUUGGCUUCAAGUUCAAAAUCGCCAUAACAACAACAACAGAAGCAACAGUUGCAACUGCAACGGCAACGGCAACAAGCAGGAAGUUGCGCAGCUGCACCUUAAUUGGGCGCAGUGUCAUUACCACCAACAACCACCACACACGCUCAUCCCCGCUCAAUGUAAGAUGUUAGUGGCCAAACACCAACGCAACACCAAAACCAAAACCAACAACAACAAUCGCAACAGCAACAAUUGCCCAUGCAGUUGGAGGCUUAGCCUGCUCAUUAGCUGCCUGCUUUAUGCCGGUCAAGUUCAAGCGAUCGGCGGUGCGCAGAGCUCAACGGCAUCGACAGCAGCGCUGCUAACGGGCCAACAGCUGGCGCCGUGGCAGACCACCGCAGCCUUUGCCACCCACACAGCAGCAGCGGCAGCAACUGCGGCGCCCACUGCCAGGAAUCUGUAUGCGCCGUAUCAGACGUUCAGUCAGCAGGACGAUGUCAGCUUCAAGGAUGUGCGACAGCGCAACGAUGGCAGCCUAGUGCAAUCCUUUGGCUCCUAUCGCACGGCACGACAAUCCAAUGCUGGCUCAGCUGCUACCGCACAACGUCGCUCCGAUGUUGAGAUCAUACCGGCGCCAAGUGUGGAGCUGCCACAGAGUGAGCUGAUCACCAUACCCAAGCAGCUGGUGCCCACGCUGCCGGAGAAUGUGACGCGGCAGGGACGCAGACGCAACUAUAUGUACAUCCCAUUGCAGACGGAGGGGGAGGCGAGCAGUCCAGCCUCGCUGCUGCAGCUGCGACCCAGUCGCAAUGCCACGCUCUCCGCCCUGGGGCCCCCGGCCGAGGGUAUUGCUGCUGUGGCUCAUGAAUUUGGCGCCGAGCUGGCAGCUCAGGCGGCAGAGCAGCAGCAGUCGCAGACGGUGCGCACUGAACGCAGUGAUUUGGUAGCCGCAGCUAGCACCACGGACAAGCUGGAGUAUGCAGAGCCAGAGCAGACGAGUCGACGUGUGGGCUUUCAGUUUCCCAGCUAUAGUUUGAAGCCGGCCAAUCCCUUCUAUCCACAGGGCUAUCGUGAGGAUAGCCCAAUUUUCGAGGAGAGCAGUGGAGCUGUAGGUGGUGGUGGCGGUAGCUUGCCCUUCACCGAGGAUGCCACGCCCACACAGUAUGACCACGAGACACGGCACACACGUCAACUGUACUUCGACUCGGAUGUCUCGCCAUCCAGCUUUGAGUUUCCCGGUUUGGUCGCCAACUCGAAGCCUCAUACAUUGAACGCAGCCGUGGCAGCUGGAAAAAUUUAUCGCGAUGAUGUGACCAAAUUUGGAGACAUCAAUGGACCCAUUACCGCACUGCCAGGUCGCUUGCAGCGCGGUCUCUACUUUGGAGACACGGAAUUCCGCACCGGACCCAGUCCCAUGCGUCAGUUCGGACCGCAGAAGGCUUUCAAUGAGUAUGUGGCACCCGGGGACUAUCAGAGCUCGCGCAAGAGUCGCUAUUUCCCCUACAAAUCCUCGCGCAGUCCCCGCGUGGUUUUCCCCAGCAACGACAAUGUGGGCACCACUGGACCCAGUGGCUCCAGCGCACCAUCCGGAACGGGUGUCUACUUUAGCGAUAAUAUUGCUUUCAGAGAUCAAAACUUUGGCAUUAACGAACUGGCUGCCGUACAGGAUGUACGCAACGAUUAUAGUCUACAGGAUUUGGAUAAUGCUGCGGAGGCUACGAGCAGUCCACAAUCAGCUAGCACAUUCAAGGAGAAGGUCGACAUCACAACGGACAUGGAGUGUCAGCAUCGUGGCGGUACUUGCGAGUUCUUUUUAGGCUGCUGGCUAUCUGGCGGCCUAAUACAGGGCACCUGCAAUGGAUUGCUGCGCGGCUGUUGCCAUCGCACGGCCAAAUCGGCCAAUCUACGAAGCUCGGACUAUGUGGGCAAUACGGUCGAUCUGACCGAUCUACCCCAAAAGAACUUCGGACCGGUCAACAACGAACCCAGCUGCGGCAUUUCACUGGCUAAGCAGACCGCACAGCGUCGCAUUGUGGGCGGCGACGACGCCGGCUUUGGCUCCUUUCCCUGGCAGGCCUACAUACGCAUUGGCUCAUCCAGAUGUGGUGGGUCGCUUAUAUCACGACGUCAUGUGGUCACUGCCGGUCAUUGUGUGGCGCGUGCCACACCCCGUCAGGUGCACGUUACGCUGGGCGAUUAUGUCAUCAAUUCGGCCGUUGAACCGCUGCCCGCCUACACCUUUGGCGUGCGUCGCAUCGAUGUGCAUCCCUACUUCAAGUUCACGCCACAAGCGGAUCGCUUCGAUGUCUCCGUGUUGACACUGGAACGCACAGUGCACUUCAUGCCACAUAUAGCACCCAUUUGCCUGCCGGAGAAGAACGAGGACUUUCUGGGCAAGUAUGGCUGGGCCGCCGGCUGGGGCGCUCUGAACCCCGGGUCUCGAUUGCGGCCCAAAACUCUGCAAGCUGUUGAUGUGCCAGUGAUUGAGAAUCGUAUUUGCGAGCGCUGGCAUCGACAGAAUGGCAUUAAUGUCGUGAUCUAUCAGGAGAUGCUGUGCGCCGGCUAUCGCAAUGGCGGCAAAGACUCGUGCCAGGGCGAUUCAGGCGGUCCUCUGAUGCAUGAGAAGAAUGGACGUUGGUAUUUGAUAGGUGUUGUCUCGGCGGGUUAUUCCUGCGCAUCGCGGGGUCAGCCGGGCAUAUAUCAUCGCCUGGCCUAUACGGUGGACUGGGUAUCCUAUGUAGUUGGCCUGACUGUCAACAUUUAAGCUAUGCAACUUGUGUCUUAUUUAUUUUAAAUCCAACGCUUCAGCUCCAGCUUGCAGAAUGCCCUCCACAGAACAUAAAUGGAGUGCAAACGUUUUGUACAUAAUUCACUUCCCCAGCUUCCGCAUCUAUCGACUUUCACAUUCUUUUUUUAAUUCUUAUUUAUAUAUUUAAUAAUAUUCAACAAAACUUCGCGCAGCGCUCUACUUUUAGUAAGGUACGAAGAGGAGAAAGAUGAUGAGGGAGGAAACUGCGUAUAUUA